AUGGCUCAGUCAUCCCGUGCAUUGGCCUCUCCACGCCCUUCAUCCUCCGCCUGUGCCGCCCAACCUCCCUCGCGUCAAUCAAAUCGGAUAAUCACCCCAGUUAAGACCCACGCAAACUAUGUCCGGCCCAAUCAUGACUCCCAAAGGUCUCUGGCCCGCAGCGGUGCAAGUACUUCUGAUGACAACCAAACCUCGGUGACCCAAUCACAAAACAAUCCUGCCCGACCCAAAACAGCCUCAAAUACCAUUUCUGUUUCCAAUUCCAGCUCACCGGCUGUUCCAAGUCCCACCAAGGUGCCUACUGUCUCCAAGCCGAAGCCAAAGAAGAGGAAGCGAAAAGAGUUGGAAACUGGUUCCAACCCGGAUGCAUCAACAAUGGAUCUUGUACAGAUCUCAGAUGAAGAAAACGAAAAAGCUCUCCUACUCGAGGGAAAGGCGAAGGAAGUUCUCUAA